AUGGCAGACCGCGUCCACCGAAUCACCUUGUUCAAGCUCCCCAGCGAGGAGAGCCAGAAGAAGCUUCUGGAGGAGUACAAGACCCUCAAGGAGAACAACAGAAAGGACGGCCAGCCUUACAUCCUCUCUCUAGCCGCUGGCCCCGCCGAGCCCGACCAGCGCUCCCAGGGCUUCACCUUCGUCUCAAAGUCCGAAUUCGCCAGCCUCGAGGACAUGAAGUACUACGACGAGGAGUGUGUCGCGCACCAGGCCCUCAAGAAGGUGGCCAUGACUCUCGGUGUCGAGGGCAUCAUGACCGUCUACUUCAAGCCCCAGGUCGUCGGAGGUGUUGCGCCCUGA